GACUGCAACUCUUGUGGGAGGCUGCAUCAGCUAGAUAGGCUGUGUGCAUGUGUGUGUGUGUGUGUAAAUCUGGCAGAUCAUGUCAACACCUGAGCACCAAAUGAAAGCAUUCAAUCACAGUGAGAUUGAUUAAGAACGGAGACAGACACAGACAGACAACCUUCAAAGAUCUUGACAGAGACAUUGUGCACAAGAAAAGAAAAGAAAAGAAAAUAAAAGAAAAAAGAAGAAAAAAGGAAACAGCUGGUAGAUGAUACGUGCAGCAAACAUCUGACUUCAUGUGGACUUCAUUCUGACUUCAUCUAUUCACCUGAAACAGGACUGCUUUUAAAUCAGGCCUGCGAUAUUCAUCCAGCCCAUUUUCACGCGCCAUGGCUGAACCUGCCUGGUGGAAGCUGACCUUCUCGAGGAAGAAGUCAUCUGAGUCCAAGGUCCUGUAUGAAAUCCCCGCAGAAUAUGGCAGCAACACUGGCAAUAAAGAACUCUCCUACACAGAUAGCACUGACAGCCAGCUAGAUGCCAGGCUGGAGAAGAUUGUGGACAAGUCUGCCAACAAAGGCCGUCACGUCAAAGUCUCGCACUCUGGCCGCUUCAAGGAGAAGAAGAAGAUUCGAGCCACCCUUGCUGAAAAUCCCAGUAUGUUCCCAGAGUACAACAGGACUGAUGAGAACCAUGUGGUAGAGAAAUAGAAUCCACUCUACUAAACAAAAAGUGUCUUUCAUCAUCACUCAGACACACACUCCCGUCUGUUAAUUAGCAUGAUGAAAGGAAAAUACAUGGGUUUAGAAUGAAGAUGAAUAUGUUGCUGCAAAACACACCUGAUCCAGCCACAGGAUCAGGAGAGUUCAAACUUGUACAAAGAAAUGAAAGAGAUUAAUGAACAAAAUCUCUUCAUUUUAUACGGGGUCUAAUUUAAAAGCUUUGUUUUAAAAACUCUGUACGUCUUUAUUUAAUUUGAAUAUUUAAUUGGUCCUAGGUUUUGUUGCUCAGUCUACAAAGAUACAUACGAGCAUUACUCCUCAAAACCCACUUUAUUUUGUAUAUUUAGUAUUUUUUAGGCUGGGUUCUUUUUAGGCUGGAUUUUAGAUGCUUACUGGUGUUUGUGCUUGUUAAUACAUGUUUUCAUUGUGUGUAAAGCAGCAUUGAUGUGGUAAAAUACUGUAAAUGUUAAAUAAAUGAAACUGCAACAACAGCAAUAUUGGAUGUUUUAGACAUGACAAUGACAAAUACUGCUGCUAUCAUGCAAAUUCUUUUUUUUUUUUUUUUUACAUAAUCUGAACAUUUUUAUGAUGACAGAGCAAAAGCAAUGCUCCAAAACUACUUGUAUUAAUUUCCCUUCAAAGUUUACCUGUCCUCCUGUAAAAUUGUAAAGUUGCUAUUUUGUAGUUUUUUGUGUGACAGCAGUGAUAUAAUGUUCAGAUGACUGAAUAUACUGAAAUAUGAAAAAUGCUUCUAUUCUUAAAUAAAUUUGACAAGGUUUUUCAAUGUGCAUUAAUAUAA